AAGAUGAAGUUUAAGAAACAUGUCUUCUUUUAAGAAGUUCUUCAUCUUCAAGAAGGUGAAAUAAUUUUAAGUGGUUUUAGUCACUAGCGCCAGUCCGUUGCAAUUUGAGAUUUUGAGAUAUAGCAGCAGUUAUACUCUUGACGAAGAGCCACCACGAUAAAUUUAAGAUGUUAGAAGGGUGAAUCGUUACGACUACGCUAACUAAGUUUAAGUUUAAGGAAAGCCUGUAUGGCUUCUCAUACUUAUGAGUUUGGCAACCGAACUAGCUAGUGAGGGAUCCCCAUAUCAGUCAAAAGAUUUAAGUUGAGAUUUGAGCUUUAAGAGGGGAGAGUAGAUUUAGCUCCCUUACAGUUUUAAGUGUUAUGAGUUUUUAAGAGUGGAAGUACAAACAAUUUCCACCAAUUUAAGUAAGUGUUUUAAGUAAAGUGCUAAGUAUUAGAAAUUUUAAAACGCAAAGGAGUAGACUGACCCCAUCUCACUCACCAGGCCUUAGUAAAAGAAUGAGCGAGAACCCGCUCGAUAUCCACUAGUUAGAGAAGCAGUUAGAAAGCAACGAGAUCGAGAGAACGGUUUGAGGCAAGCCAACUAUAGGAGGACGAUUCGCACGUCACGGAGGAUACCUACUCAAGGUUUUCAAUAAGCGACAACAUUAGAGACUUUUUAGUUAUUUCAUUUUAUGAUUAUGAGUAUAGACUGGAGAUUCAGAUUAAGAUUUUAUGAUUGAGGUUCGCCCAAGUGUUAGGGCUUUGUUUUAAGAAGUUACAGUUUAUUCUCUGUAUUUGUUAAAGUUAUUUAUUUAAAAUUUCCGCUAUUUUUCCAAGUAUUUGCAGUUCUUAUUUUGUUUCAUGGUUUAUAAAGGAUAUUUUGAUAAAAGUAGUACCCGGCCGGGUUAGGGUGUUACACAAUGUUGUUUAGGCUUGACUUCUCAGCGUUGUUUUAUUUUACUAAACAACGCCGUUUCUAAUUCCACAACGGUGUUGGUCACGCAUCCAUGUAAUCUUGGCCGAAUCCUCUCCUUCUUCGAUAAGGAAUAGAGAGCACUCCUUUUCCAAUCACAACACCAAUAUUGCAAAGCCGAACCUUAGUUCACGACAUUAUUUUCUACUAAACAAUGUCGUUUCAAGUACCACGGCGUUGUUGGAUCUUACUCGCGGUGCUGUUUAACUUCUUCUCGACGUUGCUUAUCUCUCCACAACGUUGUUUUAAUCACUUGGCAUAGAAUUAAAUGUCAAAAUUCAUUAAUGCGACAUUUAAUUUAAUCCAAAUUUUUAGGUGUCAACAAAAUGUCAUAUUGUAGAGCAUAAACUAUGACAUGAUUUGCUAUGAGUACUAUCUGGCAAAGUAUUCGACCUAAAGCUAAUCGGAUAUAGUGGGCAAAAAUGUUGCGGGGAAAGUUUGUUAUACCCAAUUAUAGGUUGAUAACUUGGCUGGCGAUUCUAGGUCGACUGGCUACAAAGGAUAAACUGAAAGAGUGGGGGUUAGUACGUGAUGACCUAUGUUUAUUCUGGGUUUCAGAACAUGAACUGCAAGAUCAUUUGUUUUGUAGGUGUGCUACUCUCGGAGUCUAUUGACAUUUCUGCUCCCAAAUGUGUGUUGGCCGAGGGAGUGGAGCAAUAUGGUGAAUCUGAUUUGCAAAAUUGUAGAGAAGAAGACCUCUGUGGAGGGAUAGCUGGGACACUAUGGUGCUGGUUCGUGUCGAUGCUUUGGAGAGAACGCUGUCGUAGAAUUUUCCAAGCUUCAAGUAAGAGUAGUGAUGAAGUAUUGCGGAUGAUUGUAGAAGAAGUGCAGUUAUAUAGUGCAGGGGACUCAGAGUUUUGUCUACUGUUAGACAGCUCUAGUCUCUCAGCAAGCUAUAGGCAACUUCCUGGUUAGCUGUGUAGUUUGUGAUAGCAGUAGUUAGAGGUGGCAAUUUUAAUCCAAUCCAUCAAUCCAUUAAAAAUAUCCACCUAAUCCAAUCCAUUUAAAUCCAAUCCAUUUUAUCCAAAUCCAAUUGGAUUGGUGGAUUCAUGGAUUGGAUCCAUGGAUCAUUGGCAAAUUACGGUUUAGUACCUAUAAUUUUUAUUUUUGACAUUUUGGUACCUAAAAUUUAAUUUUUUAUACGAAAAAUAUCAUUGGAAAAUUACAUUUUGGUACCUAAAAUUUUUCAUUAUGACAUUUUAGUACCUAAACUUCUUACAUUUUACAUAUUGGUCCUUGGUUGAGGAUGUCAUUUGGAUUCAUGGAUAAUCCACCAAUCCACUUGAUCCAAUCCAUGAAUCCACCAAUCCACUGGCGGAUCCAGGGGGUGGCCACCCCAAGCCCCGGCCCAGCCCUCCUCUGGAUCCGUAGUUACUAUAGUCCUUAUGAAAUUUUUGAUUUUAGACAUUCAAUUCAGUGUUAUUCUAUAAUAAGAUUGGGUUUAACUAGAAAAAUUAUCAAGUUGAACAUAUUCAAAUCACUAUUCUAAAUUUAGCCUAGAAUUUUAGCACAAAGAUUACGCGUCUUAAAAAAACAAUGAACCUAAAAUUCUAAAAAGUUCAAAACGUAAAAGACUAAAAGAAAUAUGAGGUUUGUUCCCUUACAAAUUUACUAAAGCAGCUGGUGUGCAGGGAUGGACAAACAAUGUAAAUUGAUUAGUCGAUUGAUUUAUCUAGUGUUGAUGCUGCUAGUUUCAACAGCUACUACAAAGAUAACCUUUUUAACAAUGAAACAUGUGAGAACUGAUUUGCUCAACACAAUGAGCGAUGAAUUUCUCGCCUAUUGCUCAAGUAUUUUAUUUGAAACAGUGUAUACUAUUGGUAUGGAUGUAGACUUCAUUAUUGAUGCAUUCCCUAAAUUAAAAUACAGUUGUGUACAAUUUACAUUGCAAAAAACUAUAAUCAUUAUAUUUUUUUACGGUUCUAAUUUUUUAAUGAAAUGCGGCCCAGUGCUCUUUUGUGUUCUGGAUCCGCCGCUGCACCAAUCCAUUAGAUCCAAUCCAUUUAAUCCAUGAAUCCACCAAUCCAAUCUACCAAUCCACCAAUCCAAUCCAUUUGCCACCUCUAGCAGUAGUUUAAUUGCAAAGUGUCUGAUACAAAAGUGUAGAUAGUACAUCAUAGUCCUACCACUUAGUUAUAGAAGUUCUGCAUGAGAACGUGCUUCAUCCAAAAUUUCCAGCUGUGAUUUUAGUAGGGAUAUUUUUGUCAACAAAUUAUUAGUAAUUAACUAAUUAUCAUGAAUCUAAAAAAACUCAAGUUGCCUACGUUUCUAUCCAUCCGAAAAUUUCCGGAAGAAAAGCUUCCUCAUCCAUUUUUUUAUUAUAUAUUAUAUAAUUUGGGAUAAUUAUUAAUGAUUAUUUUAUAUGAAUUUAAUCAACUUUAGAACGUAAGUGUAACCAUGAUAGGAAUUCUAGAAAAAUGGGUUAGUAUCUUGGGUUUGCAAUAUUAUUUAUAAGUUAAUUACUUCUAUAAUAAUUUUUAUAUCUUAAGGAAAAGAAGAUGAAUUUGGAUUUCAAAUCUAGCUUGGCAGGCCAAGCAAUAAACUAUAACUAAUUAAACACAGUAUAUAGAAAUUAUUAUUUUGUAAUUUGUAUAAGGAUAAUAGUAAAAAGCAUAGAGAUUUUUUUUUAUGGAAAACCUGUAAAAUCAAAAGAGAUUACUUAUCCUAUUAUAUAUACUAAUACAUCAUUUUAGAUUUGAACAUCCAAAUAGAAAGUAAUUCCACAAAAAUAAAAGUAAUUCAACCAACAUACAACCCACUAAAAACAUCCUGCACAUUUUCAAAAAUAGCAAACAAUAAAGAUUUGAGUUUUUA